CGAACCCCAUCUCUUCGUCACGCACCCGGUCGCCUCUCUUCAUCCAGUUCCCCUUCCCUCUUCUUUACCUCUCUCGUGUCUCCGCUGCUGCCCCACCGCCGCGCCGCCACCGCAUGCUCUGCUUCCCUCCUUUCUCUUUCGAUCUCCUCUCCUUUCUUGGAGCUGCUCUUGUUCUCUUCGUCUACAAUCUCUCCACCGCGGGGGCCGUCGAUACGCUCUCUCGCGGCCGCCGCCUUGGGGUUUUUCUUCUGAUCGAUACGGUUUGUUGUGGAGAUCGCGGUGGUUGUGAGGAAGACGUGUUUCUUUAAGGGGUUUGCUGACUCGUCGGAGGAUUCCCACUGCUCGAUCGGACAUUUAUUGGACUAGGGUUUCUAGGGCUUCGCGAGGAUGCCGCGGAGCUCACGGCACAGAUCCCACCGGUCGCACAAGCACUCCAGGGACCGGUCCGACUCCGAGGAGGAUGAGAACCCGCGGGAGAGGAGGACCACGGAAGAGGAACUGGCUGCGAGCUUGGGAGCCAGGAUUUCUAGGGAUCCGCAGUCGGAGAAACGGAGGUCCUCGCAUGAGCAUGCUGCUAAAGAGCUGGUGGAUACUGGCAAUGGGGACACCUCUGGGGAGAAGAAGCGUAAAUCAAGGGAGGAGGAGGAGGUGAUGGCUGCUGAUCGAUGGAAUGGUGGCGCAGAGAAUGAUCACAAGAGGACGAAAGCAGAGGAAUUUGGGCCGGUGGAGUUGGACAAGUAUUCUAGGUCGAAGGCUGCUGAUUCCAAGGGCAGGUCAAGCAGUAGGCAUGAAGAUUCGAAUGAAAGGGAUGAGUGUGGUGGGAAGAAUGAGUCGGUGAAGGGAAAGUCUGAUAAAGAUUCAAGCCGGAGAGGGAGCACUGUUCAGUAUAAGGAUGGAAAGGAAAGGGACACCGAUAAGGACAGGGAGGCCCAAGAUUCCAGGCAUCACAAGUCUGAUGAUUUGGGGGGCAUUAAACCUGGUUCUCAGGCUGUCGCAGACACAGAAGAUAUUGCAAAAAAGAAGUAUACAAAAAUCAAUGAAAGGUUGCACAGUGCUGAGGCAGAGAAGGGGCUUGAGAAACACAUGAAGAGAGAUGACUCUGAAGAUAAAGAUAAAUGGCUAGAUGAGAGUAGAGAUUUCGAUGAGAAAAGACAAUCUUCUAGAGAUGAUCUUAGUAAAAAUAGAAGCUACAGAGAUGAAAAGCAUGCAGGUGCGAAGUACAGAGGUAAAUAUAGGGAUGAAGAUGACAAGGAUCGUAAGCAUCGCGAUGACAAGUACCAAGAUGAGUGCAUAUCAAAAGAUCACACGAACGAUAAAUCUGACAAAGGCCAUCUUAGAGAUGAAAACAAACAUCUGGAGAGUCAUUAUAAGAAAAGUAAACUUCAGGAUACUGAUCACGAUGGGAAUUCUUAUGUUGAUGAUCAUGACACGAGGCCCAAAGAUAGCAAGGGAAGGAAAAGGUAUUCUGAUGAAAAGGAGGAUCAUGGUAAUCUGAACCCAAGAGGUGCAAAGGAGCGACGUGAAGUUGUUGAUAAAAAUGCAUCCACUAGUAGGACUGUUUCUCGUAGUGAUAAACCUAGGUCAGAGCGUCAACAUGCUGAGAAGGCUGAUUCAAGUCCAAGAUAUAAUCGACUGAAAACCUCCACCAGCUCCAGCGCAUAUGCUGCUAAAGAUCAUAACAGGGAUGUCUCGAAGGUUGCAGAAUCUGCACAUAGAGAAUCAGCACCUGAAGAGAGACUGCGCCCUGUUAGAGCAUCUAAAGGAGAUAGUUUGACUUCUUCAGGACUUCGUGACAGAAGUUCUGGUACUCGAUCGGGAAAGCUAACCCAGAAGGAUGAUGUAGAAAGUGCUGCUUCAAAGUUUGAUAAGACUCUGAAACCAGAUCAUCGUGCUUCACCGAACCAUUCAAAGGGAAGAUCUUCAUCAGCUAAUAGUGGUCGACGGUUUUCAGAAAGAUCUCCUUCAAAGUAUGACAGAACUACCAGGCAGCGCCUUGAUAUUGAAAUAGGACAAAGGAGUAGUAGUUCCAAAUAUGGAGACAGAGGAGAGUCGGUUUUUGAUAAGCCCAUCCUAGAUGACAUGGCUCAGACUGAUGUUUGUGCUAGGGAAUCGACUCCUGUUGGUUCAUCAUCUAUUAACCGAAGUGGUUACCUUUCUGAUCGUUCACCUAAUCACCUCCACCCCCCACCGCCCAUGAGGCUCCAGAUCGACAGUCCUUCAGUUUUGGGCCCAUAUCAAGAUGAUAAUAAAGCUCAGAGUAGUGAUCACAAAUCCUAUAAUCGUUACAAAAGGAUAGGUGAUCUUGGAUUUGAAAGAGGACAUGGAAAUGCCUGGAAAGGUGCCCCAUCUUGGCCUUCUCCAGUUACAAAUGGUUUUAUGCCCUUACAUCAUGGUCCACCUACCGCUGGAUUCCCUCCGCCCAUGUCCCAGUUCUCAGCUCCGCCUUUAUUUGGCAUCAGACCUUCCAUGGAUAUGACCCAUGGUGGAGUUUCUUAUCACAUGCAUGACAUGGCUGAGAGGUUUUCUGGUCAUGGCCAGCCAUUUGGUUGGCAUAAUCCAGUUGACCAAAUAUGUCAUCCUCAUAUGCAAAUGUGGGACAGAAGCAAUGUUAUGUUCAAUAAUGAGUUCCAUAUCUAUGCGAGGCAAGAAUGGGAUGAUAAUAAUCAGCUAAUGGGCAGCAGGGGCUGGGAAACAGGUUCUGAGACGUGCAAGGGGGAAAAUAGUAACAAUAUGGACACUCCUGUACCCAAGAAAGAACAGGAAUCUACCACACAUUCUCCUACUGAUGAACUUGCCCAAUUAAAAUGUUCGCCGAAGCCAUCAAAUGAUACACUCGCUACUAAAAGUGCUGUUGAGUUCCCCCAGAAGGCCAUAUCCAAGAAAACACCUGAGCCUUUGAAUAUGCAAGGCGAUAAGAUAGCCAACUACCUUUCCAGAAUAGAUAUCUCGCCUGAUCUUGCAGGCUUAGACUUGUACAAAAGGUGCACAUCCCUAUUGGGAAUGUCAGAUGUUAAUUGUGCUGGCAGUUUGACUGCUUACAGGUUUAUUCAGAGUAACAAAGAUGACAUCCUAGUGAAGAAGAGCAUGGGUUCUGUUUCGAACUCGUUCUUUCCGACUGCAAAAGAAGUUAUUUUUAAGAGAGCCAUGUCAUUGUAUCAGAAGCAGAAUGAAAGGGUAAAUGGGAAACACGCUUUGUCGGCACCUGUCUAUUCUGAAGAAAAGCAAAAGGAGCCUCCCGAAGCUUCUGAUAAUAAGAAAACACAUGGUUGUGCUGAUCAUCACUGUUCCUUGGAGAAACCACCCGUUGAUGAUGCUGAUGCUGCUAAUAACAUGAAAGCAGGAAACAGUAGCAUCGCACAGGAUUCUGAUUGUCCUCCCACUGUAAAGGUUCAAAAAUCUGAUCCCGUUUCUGAUCUAGCUGUUGUUUACUGUAAUGGCUUGGAAGCUAGUGAGGAUUUGAUAGAAGAGUGUGGGGCAAGUCCAAGUCUGGCACCUAAUUCUGUUGAAAAUACACAUUGAACAAUUUUGAUUCUCUUUGCCAAUGCCAUCGCCAAGGUCAUGGUUCCUUGGUAUGUUUCUUUUGAUC